UGCAAUUUAAGCCAACAGCCGGUAGUAGAUAGCCGGAGCUGGAGUUUGUGCUGCAGCCGCAGAAAUUAUUUGUGGAUUUUAAAUAUGGCCGGUGGUAAGGCAGGUAAAGACUCCGGGAAGACCAAGACGAAGGCUAUUUCGCGCUCGCAGAGAGCAGGACUGCAGUUCCCGGUGGGUCGUAUCCACAGACACCUCAAGUCCAGAACAACCAGCCACGGCAGAGUAGGGGCCACUGCAGCGGUGUACAGCGCUGCUAUUCUCGAAUACCUCACGGCCGAGGUGCUGGAGUUGGCGGGAAAUGCAUCCAAAGACCUUAAGGUGAAGCGUAUAACCCCACGCCACUUGCAGCUGGCCAUUAGAGGAGAUGAAGAGCUCGAUUCACUUAUCAAGGCCACUAUUGCUGGUGGAGGUGUGAUCCCUCACAUCCACAAGUCUCUGAUCGGAAAGAAGGGCCAGCAGAAGACCGUAUAACCUGAAGCGCUCUGGGAGUCGUGCCAUCUCAGGACGAAGUCUGCAUCAAGCCGUUUAAAUGUCUUAGAUUAGAACACCUUUAGAGUUAUUUGUAUGGUUGAGCUUGCAUUUACUCACCUGGGGUAUAUUUUUAAAAGUGGCUUCAGAGAAGCUCAUUUCUUUUUUCUUUUUUUUGUGUGUUUUGCUUUCUUUUUUUUUCUUUUUUGGGUGCUGCAGUUUUUGUUGAAACUUGCUUUUGUGGCAUUCACAUGUUGAAAAGUGAUGUUUUAAUAAAGCUCUUAUUGGGCAUUCAGUUUGUUUUUUCUGCUCUUGCAUUUUUCUGAAAUUUCUACACAAGGAAUUCAGUUGGCUUCUCCAGAGUGGAUGGUGUACAUGUGUUUUGGCUUAAGGGGUCUUAAUCUUCCCAGUUUCCAAGAAUCCAUCUCAUCAACAAAAAGCAGAGGACCACCACAGCCUUCAUGGGGGACUGAGUCAUGGCAUGCUUGAAACUAUCUUGAGCAUGCACUCUAUUCAUUUGAGCCUUGUGUAGUUGCAUGAAUUGCACUUCAUGUUAAAAAUCAGUUUACCACCGGACUGACUGGGAAGCCCCCGUAGUCAUUUCUGGAUCCCUGAAUAAAGCCUCCCCAGGCACAGUCGGAAUGUUUAGCAUAUUGUGGUGUAUGAAUGGCUCAUUGCAUGAAGGCAGUUUGACUGCAUUUCUGGCUUCAGUGUGAGAUGGUUUUAAAAAGCUCUGCAGUAUGAAUAAUGUAUACAUGACUGUAAAUCUAUCAAUCAGAAGUGUUCAGCUAAUAAAUAUGCACCAUAGAAAUGAUUACAUGAAUGUAGUGUGAAGUGCUGAAAUGUUAAUAAAGUGAUCA